AUGAAGGUGAAAGCCGACCGCGAUGAAUCAUCCCCCUACGCCGCAAUGUUGGCGGCUCAGGAUGUUGCUGCUAAGUGUAAAGAGUUAGGUAUCAACUCUUUGCAUAUCAAACUCCGUGCCACUGGUGGUAAUGGUACUAAAACUCCUGGACCUGGCGCUCAAUCAGCUUUAAGAGCUUUAGCCAGAGCUGGCAUGAGAAUUGGCAGAAUCGAGGAUGUUACGCCUAUUCCCACGGAUAGCA